GUACGGUACAGGGAAAUACGUUUCCUGUCGGGUCCCGGUCAAACUGUCCUGCACGUGUCCCGUCUGGCGGUGUCCGGUCCGGUUAGUUUGUCUGCAGGGACCGGGAGGAGAAUCCGGCUGUGGCGGACAGCCUGUCCCGAGAUAGAAUGUCUGAAGAGGUUUCACAUGAGGGGGACCAGCCCCAGUCCCUCCAGUCUGCCACCCAGUCUCAGUCCACCCAGUCCCCAUCUCAGGCCCAGUCCACCCAGUCCAUUCAGUCCACCCAGUCCACCCAGUCCCCAUCCCAGUCUAAGUCCCAGUCCCAGCCUGGUUCUAGUUCUUCCAGCGGGCCAACCUCAGGCAGCCAGUCAUCCAGCGGCUCAGGGACUGUGAGCAGCUUGGACACCAUCCCUGUCACCCUGCCGUCUGUCCCUGAGGAGCCCGAACCACAACCCUGGGGCCGCCUGCUGCCAAUGGCCCGAGGCUUCAGGAGCCAUGACUGUAUAGAGGAACAGUACCUGUUUGGAAGAGACUCUAAGUGUAACUACGUCUUGGAUGAUCCUGAUGAUCCAAGAUCCAAAAAGUUCAGAAUCUACAGCAAGAAACACUUUAGGAUCUACAGAGAGGGCAGCGAGGUCUUCGUGGAGGACUACAGUAACAAUGGGACGUUCGUUGAUGGGAUCCUGAUCGGUAAAGACAGGAAGCUUCCUCUGGUCAACAACGCAGUCCUCGCUCUGGCUGAACAACGGAACAAAGUCUUUGUCUUCAUUGACCUCAUGUCUGAUGAUCAGUCCACUUUACCUAAAGAGCUUCAGGAGAAAUAUCUGCUGACUCGACGCAUCGGCACAGGAGUCUGUGGUGAAGUCAAACUGGCCUUUGAGAGAUCGACCUGUAAACGAUUUGCUGUGAAAAUAAUAAACAAAAGGAACUUCCAGUCCGAAGGGACAGCAACACGAAACGCAAGGACAGAGAUCGAGAUUCUGCAGAGGAUCGACCACCCUUGUCUCAUAAAGACAGAGGACUUCUAUCAGACGGAGGACAGUUACUACAUUGUGUUGGAGCUGAUGGAGGGAGGUGAACUCUUCCACAGGGUCAAGUCUCAGCAGCAGCUCCACGAGUCUGUGGCCAAACUUUAUUUCUACCAGAUGCUCCGAGCCGUCCAGUAUCUCCACAGUAAUGGAAUCAUCCACCGGGACCUGAAGCCAGAGAACGUCCUGCUGUCCUCACAGGACGACGUCUGUCUCAUCAAGGUGACAGACUUUAACCAGUCCAGGAUCCUGGAGGAGGCCGUGUUGAUGAGGACUCUGUGUGGGACUCCAUCUUACCUUGCUCCUGAAGUCUUCACCCACGCCUCCACCACAGGAUACGGCCUCGCCGUGGACGCGUGGAGCCUCGGAGUCCUGCUCUUUGUCUGUCUGGGUGGUUAUCCUCCGUUUCAUGAGAGUUUUGGUCGUCAGUCAGUCACAGAUCAGAUCAUAAAAGGAGAGUUUACUAUGGUCCAGUCCAAGUGGAAGCACAUCUCUGACCAAGCGAAGGAUGUGGUGAGGAAGCUGCUGGUUGUUGAUCCCAGUAGGAGGAUGACUAUAGAAGAAGCUCUGCAGCACACCUGGUUACAGGAUCAUGUGAUGCUGGAGACGGCCCACAGGCUGAUGUACCCCACUGGAGACCCCCCCCGCUUUCAGGAGGCGGGAUCAGCCUCAGGUUCCUUCAGGAGGAAACGAGGACGAGACGAAGGAGAUGAGGAGGAGGAUCAUCCGGCCAAACGGAGCCAAGCCCCACCCCCUGUCCCCCUGUAGUGGACCAGUCAGAUUCAGCUGUUCCUCAGGUCAUGUGACUCAGCUCCCUGUUCACUACUGAAACAGUCCAUUGUAAAUAAAGUUUAAUGUUUUCUAAUAAAGUCUUUUAUAUUUUUCAGCCUUCGUGUUUUUCUGUUGAAAACUGAGGGAAACCAAAUCCAGUUUAAAAUCAGAAACGCUGUCUCAUCUGUCUCUGCCUCUGUCUGUCUCUGACUGUGUCUCUGACUCUGUCUCUGACUCCGUCUCCAACCCAUGAGAACAGUCCUCUGUCUCUCUGUCUCUGAUGUGAGGAGGUAACUGCUUCACCAUGACUGAAGGUACAAACUGUUACUUUUUACAUGAAACUUUGUCAAAACUACAAAUCACUUUAUCUAUAAACAGAAUUAUCUGACUGGUAUUUUGUCAUAUUUCAUUCUUACAUAUUUUUGCAGUGUCAUUAUUCAUGUUGUUUUCAUGACGACAGUGAAAAUGAUCAACAGCUCGGUCAGGAGGAA